AUUGGCCAUGGCGACGCUCGAAGCCCACAAGCACAUCUCUCCCGACUCGGGCUAUCCUACCGUCCUCCAUCCUAACUUCAACCCCAAAAUCCGCAACUGGACCCCAACCGACCCCAUCCGCUCGGAAAUCACACCCCCAAAAGACCGCGCACACUUCGCCGACCCAGCCAAAUCGCGCCUCCUCUCCGUCGCCACAGCCACAGACCUCACUGAAGGCAUCGGGACCCUGCUCUCAGGCGUGCAACUAUCUCAACUGACCCCCGACCAACUGGACGACCUCGCCCUCCUCGUCGCCGAGCGAGGCGUCGUCUUCCUCCGUGGCCAGGACCUCGAUACCGCCGGCCAAGUCAAGCUCUUCAGUCACUUCGGCAUCCUAGACAAACACCCCGCGCAGAAAAACAGCGCGCACGUCACCAUCAAGGGUAGCUCGAGCGACUGGCGGCAGGACGCGGCGUACACGCCGUGGCCGCAGGCUGGGUGGCACGCCGACACUUCCUUUGAAGUCAACCCGCCGAGCUACAGCUUGCUGCGCAUGGAGGCGCACCCGGAUGUCGGCGGGGACACAGCCUGGGUUUCGCAGUACGGCUUGUUCGACGCCCUGAGCCCGGCGUACCAACAGCUGUUUGAGGGCCUGCAUGCAGUGCACACGUCGCGCCUCCAGUACGACACUAUUCUUGACCUGUGGGGCGUUGGGCCCAACCGCCCCCCCAUAGACACGCAUCACCCCGCGGUGCGGACGCAUCCUGUGACCGGCCUCAAGGCGCUUAAUGUCAAUGAGGGGUUUACGACGGGUUUUGCGGAGCUGAAAAGGGUGGAAAGUGAUAAACUAUUGGAUUUUGCGAAUUGGCAUAUUCACGCCGCGGACGAUCAGCUGGUGAGGUGGAAGUGGGAGGUUGGGAGUGUGGCGAUGUGGGAUAACCGGUGCACGGUGCAUAGGGUUAUCCCGGGGCGGUAUGAGGCUGGGACGAGGAGAGGGGUGCGGACGACGGUAUUUGGGGAGAAGCCGUUUUUGGAUCCAAACAGUGAGAGCAGAGAUGAGCGGGAGAAGAGGCUGAAGAAAGAGAAGGAGGGUGAGGAUACCAGGAAUGGCGUGAAUGCAAAUGGCAAUGGUACUGAUGGAGGGCCUGGCGAUGCGAAUAAGGUGAAUGGAAGCUAG